UCUACGCAUGCAGUUUAGGAUAAAACUAUUCUGAGAGAGAAUUCACUAGUUAAUGUUAAUGUUUUUAACAUUUACAUGUUAGCGGAAGCCCUCCCCAGGGGGCUGCGCUGCCUCCUCUCCCCCCCUAGACCUCCUCCUUUGAGACCCUCCCUGUGCCACUUGCAGCAGCUGAGACCCAGGGAGCAGAAUUAACAAGCAAAUUGAAACCGACUCACCCCGGCACACCUUCAGCAAAUGGUCACCGAUGUGUUUGUGUUUUGUUUAUUCCGCUUUGUUUAUCAGUGAUGCGUACGAUUACAUAUUUGCGGUACAGGCUGACUGACUUUAGCUGGAAAGGGGGCCAGGAUGUCCAACAACAUGGCCAAGAUUGCAGAGGCUCGGAUGACGGUGGAACAACUGAAACUGGAGGUGAACAUAGAGAGGAUGAUGAUAUCCAAAGCAGCCGCCGACCUGAUGGCCUACUGUGAGACCCACGCCAAAGAUGACCCCCUGGUGACGCCGCUCGCCUCCACCGAGAACCCGUUCCGAGAGAAGAAACUAUUCUGUGAAAUACUAUAACGUGUUCAAGAUGAAAUGUCUUUUAGCUAUUUUUAAUUUAUGGAUUCAUUUUCCCUUCAACUUUUUCAUUUACAGGAUUCUUUUUGUGUAAUUACAGCAGCUCUUCUGUGACUGUAACUUUAACCCGAGGAAUGAUUCAUAAUGACGUCAAUAAAGAGUUGUUAAAAGCGGGGGCAAAGGUCACGUAGACAGGCCGGCGCUGCUGCCGCCUCUCCUUCUGCACAUACUGUGAGUUUAUAUAUUAACUCGACUGUUCUCGUUUGGGCCUCAAGAUUCAUUUUAAGAUAGUAAAAGGCAAAAUAAAGUUGCACACCGUUUGCUGUUCUCCAAAAUAUACACACGACACACAUCGACAAUAAACCGACCGCGACGCGUGUUCAAGAUAUGUUUCUCCUUUUUAUUAUAACAAAUACCCAAACAUGAUCUUCAG